GUUGUCCAUCAGUCGCUUCACAACAUACAGAUAUUGAUACGAAUUCUCAUACCACAAUUGUACCUUCAGAAUCAGUCAUGUCUAGCGACGCAGAAAAGAAAUUGUUGGUUUCCAUUCUUAGGCAAGCCAGCAUUGGCCACAUAGAUUGGGACAGAGUCGCGAAGGAUCUCAGUGUUCCCACCAAGUCAGCUGCACAAAUGCGAUGGCAGCGAUUCAAAAAACAUUGCCAGACUUCAAUCAAGAACAAAACGGUAAUGCGAGCUCCUCACCGGCAACAACACCAAGAAAAAGACAAUCUCCGACGAAAAGCAAAGCUACCAAAGGCAGCCCCUUGAAGAAGCAAAAGCGCUCGAAAGUAAACAGUGAUGAUGACGACGAGGAACUAGAAUUCGAUGACUGCGAUGAGAAAGACAACAAGAUUGCCCCCGAGACGCCAACACGAAGUCUCCCAGGUAGAAAGGUAAAAGCCAGGUCUCCGAUCAAGGAUGCGGGUACUAGCGAUGAGGAAGAUAACAUUAAGAAGGAGGAAACUCAGGUAACUGAUGCAAGUGGUGGAGGCACUGUUGAUUCCGGAUCGGACUUCGAUGGAGAUGUGGAAGCAUGAUUAUCUGUGGUCUGAGAGAUACAUUUUGAUCAAUUGAGGACUGCUUGGGCUUGAAUAACGCAGUGGGCUAAAUGCGUUUAUUUAUGUUCUCGGCUUGUUACCGCGGGAAUCGAACUAUUUGUGAUUAUCCGAAUGAAUCAGUGCCUACCCUUGAAAUGUGACUCGUCACUUAAAGCAUUGAUUUUUGCUUUUACAUCAUCUGUAAGCCCAUGAUAGCUGAACAGCCUAGCUCUUCACCUUCAUGGAAUCCAUGCAGGUAUAAAUGUUGGUGAUUUUGCUUCUCGCCACUUCCUGAACAAAUGAGUCAAAAGAAUCCCUGCCUGCCA